UACUGCGACGCCAUUUUCGGGAAUUUGAUAGAUAUUGUGCUAACUGCUAAGUCUUGAAAAUUGAAUAUUAUUUGCAUAGUUUGACUGCAUUUUAGAUGGACUUUAACAUUAAUAACAAAUGUGUCGUGGAAAGUAAAAUAAUAAGAAUGUGUGUGUAUUGAAGCAAAUAAAUUUGUAUCGAUUGAAUAUUCGCAUAGUUCGCCUGCGCGGGAAAUGUGGUUAGCUGCGUUUAGACGCAUAUAGUAUAUUCGAUUUUCAAUUAAAACUGAAAAUCCCUCAAUAUGAUUUCAUAUAAAACUCGAGAUAACAAAAGAUUGAAACCCAAAAUGGCCAGGAAUAUAGAGAGACUAUUACGCGAGGGAAAGUGCCGCGAAUGUUCUGUUGUUGUUACUCGAAUGGAUUUUGCCAAAAUACUAGGAAAGUUUACCAAGGUAAAGAUACAAUAUGAAAGUAAUUUAUCGCCAAAAACUCCAAAGCCGUCUACAGCAGUGUCACCUGUCUCAAAAACAAGAUUAAAAAAAAAGGAAAAUGGAAUGGUUCACAUUCAUAGAAAAACUUACAAUCCACAUCCAGCUAUUGUAACAAGAACAAGAAAAACCAAAGUGACUGAGACUGAAAUCAAAAAACAGACACCACAACCAGCUCCAAAAAAGUCCAAAAACAUUCUUAAAGAGAAUAAUAGUUGUAAAAAGGCUAAUGUUACUCAAAGCAAUUUAUUAGACAAAAGUGUGAACAAGGCUAUCUCUAAACAAUAUACUGUUAUAUUUAUCAGCCCAUCAGCAUGUACUAAUAAUGAUCAUAAGAGUAAAUUAAAUUUAGUAGAUUUGUUGCCACAAAUAAACAAGUCUAUAUUACCAUCUGAAGAUUGGUGUAUAGAAUAUUUUCCUAAAAGCCUUGAACCAAAAGAUGACAAAAUGUACAAUCGCAUAGCUGCUGAGCUAGAGGACUUAAUGUAUAAUAAAAUGAAACCAGAGGUUGCAGAAGCUAAGUCGGAAGAGUUUCCAUCUAUAAUGGACAUUCUCAAUGAUAAUACUGCUAGCAGUAGUCAAGAAAUCAAAGAUGGUAGUAGCUCACUUGAAUUUAAAACCAGCUUAGAGUCAAGUGAUGUGGAAGCUAUGUUGCUUGGGAAACCUGAACAAAAUAAGGAUACAAAACCAACACCAAUGGAGGUAGAUAACACAGAUGUUACUAAGCUAAUUGAUGAUGCCGUGCAAUUGCCACAGAACUCUGAAGAAAAACAAGAGACUAAAGAACUUGAUAAUCCCAACAGUCCCUCAAUAUUAGAUGAAACUUUACAAAAGGGUAUUGAGGAGCAGUUGCCUGCAAUACCACCAUCAAAAGACGCUAUAAACUCUUGUACCACUAUUUCAAUAGUCCAUGACGAAGACAAGUCAUCAAAACUGGACAAUGAUCACAAUAAGCCAGGUGAAAUUGAGAAUACUACUUUUACAGUCAAUAACAAUCAAGUCACAGAAGUUACUUUUAAGAAAAUUGUUGGUAGCAAGUGUGUAAAGGCUGUGACAUGUAUGAAAAACUUAAAAUAUAAUAUUCAGUUUGACGAAAAAUCAGUAGAAUUAUUAGGUGCACCUAAAUAUAUUCCUAAUGUUGAAGAUUUGCAGGUACUAUUACAAAUAGUAAAUGAAAGUGACUUACAGAGCUAUAUUUUAUAUUGAAGCUGAAAAUAUUUUAUAUUUAACCCAUUAUUCAUUGACCUUUAUCAAUUUUGUAGGAUAUACAUAAUUAUUAUAUCUCUGGAUAUUUCACUUAUCCUAAAAAACUAUGCAUACACAAUAUAGUCAUUACACAUAUAUAGUUUCUUAGGGGAAAUUCUCGGUGUAAUGGUUUUACUGGGACUUUCUUAGUCAACCUGGCACUUAGAAUACAUCCAAAAUAAUGGUAAUUUGUAGAAAGCCUACAUCACAGAAGAUAUUUAUUAAGCACAUUUAAGUGUAGUGAGCAGCCAUGAAAAACAGUUCAUAAUGAUAUUAAUGAGAAAAUUACACUUUGAGUUGAACAUUUUACUUGUAAUUUAUGUGUAAAUACACUUUAAUUUAAAAAUUGUUUAUGGCUUAGGCCUGGCAAAGGCUUAGCCAUUAAGAAUAUUUUAAAAUAUAUAUAAAUUAUAGUAUAUUUAUAUAAUAUAAACAUAAUAAGAAAAAAUUUUUAAAAUUUACACUGAAAUACACAUAAAAUCCAAAUAAUAUUUACUUAGAUUUUCCUGGGAAAGUAAUAAACCCCUUUUUUCUGUUUAUUGAAUUAUUCUAGGUGUGCUUUGUCAGUUCAAUAUUAAUUUGAUUUUUCGGAGUCACAAUUUUAAGAGUCCCUUUUAAAAUUUAUAGUAAGGGAAUUUGAAUAGAUAGAGAUGUAUGUUCAAGGUGCCUCACUUUAUAUUUUGGAAAAAAUGCCCUUUAUCUUUUUUUGAUGUGCAUUAGACACUGUCUAACACAAAAUAAUGUUUUCAUAUCAAUAUUAGUCUUCAUGUGUUCAAUAUUGCUUUUAGAUUGUUUCUAUUCCAGUAUACUUUGUAUUAUUCUCUAAUCCUGUUAUAUCUAUGAAAUAAUAGAUCAAUAUUAUUAUGUCGGAAGAGUACUAAUAAUAAUGUCUGUAUUUUUGAACUGUUAAUUAACUGAUUUUCAAGUUUUCCUUGAGAAUAUACUUUUAAACUAAUUUGCAUAUAAAAUUCACAAAUUUUAUUCAUUUAAUCACAAUAUUAUGUCUAUAAAAAUUUAUAUUAGUAUAUAUUACACUUUUACUGUAAUACUUAAUGUAUAGUGAAUAAUUUAAAUAAUAUAUUAAGCAUUUCCCUUUUCCCAUUAAACUGUUAGCUAAACACUUUGAAUUUGGAGUUCACAGCAAUAGCGAUAUUACAAUGCAUAUAAAGGUGUGUAUAUACAAUAAUUAUUACUGUAAAUCCUCCUAUGAGCUAAAUGUGCACCUCAUGUUGUGACAAUAGUUACAGUACAGUUUGAAAAAUCAUGAAAGUUACAUUAUUUAUUUAAAAAGAUUUUUCUCUAACAUACAACCUGUAUUUAAAUCAUCAAAAAAUGACAAUUUUGGUUAAUAAUCAUCCUCACUUCUGUAAUGAAUUUCUGCAAUCCCUGUGAAAAGUUUAAUUUUGGCUCUCAGAGCUUGGUCCACAGGAAUGAAAAAAUAGUCCAAAACCUACAUUAUAAAAAAAAUCCCUACAAAAUUAUGUUGCCAAAAACUAGAUAAUGAAGAAAAGUAAAGUUUCCUUGACAAAUACAAGUAUUAAAAAACCUAAUUUCGCGAAAAUUUAUAAAGUUGUUGUGGCCGGCCAGUGUGGCGGUUUGAUUUGAAUUUAAAACAAACCUGCUGUUGGUACGGUACUCUAACAGAAAAGACGCUACAAACUAUUAUUUUCAAUAUCAAUACACAUAAUUAAUUUCAAUAAAAACUUGAGAAAAAAUAAUACUAUUAUCUAAUUUCAUUUUAAUGUUGAAUAUGAUGCCAUAGUGCCAUGCCAUUAUGACAAACAGUCUUAAAUUUUAAUAUGUUGUGUUGUUACUGCCCCGAGUAAUGCAUUAUAAGCUGAAUAUUUUUUUACAAUUUAUAGCUUUAAAAAAAUCAGCAAUUUGUUCAGCCUGUGGGGAAGUUAUAGCCUUUUUUCUAUAUUGUGACUUAUUUUUUUAGAAAAAUUAUUAUUUUAUCAAAAUGAAAGAUUCCUAAGUCUUCAGAUUUUAGUUCUGUUCACAAGUAAUAACAAAUUUCUGUGACAGAUGGCGCGUAUUUUUGUUUGAGUACCUACUAGCUUGUGAUGUAGCAAGCUGCUGAGGGCUUUGACAAUGGUCUAUGGCGCGGCACCGCAGCAUGGUGCGCCGCGGCUGGCUCCUCAUUUUUCUCAGUCGGUGUGUUCGAACGUGCUUAUCAAGAUAAAUGGAACGCAACCGUGAAAAACGAGUCGUUCUUCUAUUGUUGUCGUCUUUAUUGUCUUUUUCAUCGAAUGAUUCAAAAAUGUUCCGGCAAACAUCUUUUCACCUUUCUGUUUUUGGAUGUUUUGUCCCACAGCACUGGACGUGCCUCUACUAACGAAAUAAAUUAGUCUAUAUCGAUAUUGUCAGCCAUUUUUUGCACGUACACACGAACACACCAACUGCGAAACAUCGACUGAGGCGCGGCGAACCGUCUACGGCACCGUGCUGCGUCACGGCGCCGCACGGUAGACAUGUGUCUGAGGUCUAAGUACUUAACACGAGUUAGUAUAAAUUACUUAUUAAGUAUCAACGCAUUAAUAUAUAUUUGUGCAAAUAAUAUGGAAUUAAAUAUCCAGUUAUUUUUGCUUUCUAUGGUUUUCAGAUUAUAAAAAAACGAGGUCGACGUUCAUAUAUAUGAAGUUGACGUUGACUUGUGAAAUAAUUAUGUAUGAUAAACUAAUUUAAUAUGAAAUAUGAGUCCAUUGUAUAAAUAAUUGCAGGAAACGCUUUUCCCUGAGUUUGCUUUAUUAAGCUAUUUGCAAAUUAGUUCUACUGAUUAAUAUUAGUUGAUGUAGAUUAGUUUAGAUUUAUAUUUAAAAUAAUUAUUGGUGUAUAUAAUUAAUAUCUGUUUGGGAUAGAUAGUAAUAUCUUCGGCUUGUUUCAAUCAUAUAUUAUCCCUUGGUAAAAAACAUCACUUGAAAAAAAUCUUCAGAAAUUAUAUUUACGUAGAAUAGCAGUUUUCGAUUCUUCACAUAUUAAUAAUCCAGUGGACGCCUAAUAACCUUUACAUUCACGAUGCAAAAAAUUCCACCAACUAACUGAGGUGAGCGGGCGUGGGGUACUGCCUGAUCAUUAGUCAGGUAAUAUUUUCAACAUGUAAACGGUACUGUGAAUUAAUGUAAGAUCUAAAAACGUACGCCUUUUAGCGUCUAUGGGGUAUAAGAUGAUAGUUCACACAUAUCUUACUUUUUUAAAAAAAUGUUAAGCUUUGUUUUAUUUAAUUAAACAUUUUUCUUUGUUAUCAUUAAGAUAUUUUUAUGAUUCUGCUGCAUUUUGUAUUUUUAUGAUGUCUAACCAUUUCUAAAUUUGAUACCAUCUCAGUUUCAAAUUUACUAGAUUAUAUUAGUACGUACAGCACAACAAUGUCUCAUGUUCUACCACAUACAUGAUCUGGUGAAAUUGCCAGCGCAGUCGUCGAGUGACACGAACGUCCAAAUGGUGCUGAGUCCAGCCAACGAAUGACAGCGUGAGAUACACGACUACCCACAUUUGUGUUCUAAAAAUCUUUACAAGUACCUAGUUUUUUUUAAAUAUAUGUAGGAUGGGUUUUCAUAGGAGAUCUCUUAAUAUAAUUUAAUUAAAAGUUCUGACAUUGUAAAAGUGCUGCAAAUAUUCUUUUUUGUAGAUACGGAUCGAGGUAUCAUUUUUCGGAGGACUAGAACUAAAUACGGUUUUAGUUGUUUCAAAACUGUAAAAAAUUACAGAUAAAGUUUUAUCGUUAAUACCAACACCUAGAGGUGGAUCUAGAUUCCGUAUUUGUAAAUCUAAUUAGUAAGCCCGUAAUAUUAUUUAUAAGGUUAUAAUGUAACAAAUUAUCGUUCAAGUAUCUAAUAAAUAAUACCUACCAAUCAAA